CCCAGCUACCUCCAUAUCUUCAUGGCCGGCAGCAUCUCUGGCAUGGCGCAGGCGCUGGUCCUGGCCCCGGUGGAUCUGGUCAAAGUCCGGCUCCAGAACCAGACCCAUCCUUACGGCCGCGGCCUGGCGUCGCCACGGGCAUCCCAGCCACGGUACCGGGGUCCAGUGCAUUGCAGCGCCAGCAUCCUCCGAGAAGAAGGCAUCACGGGGUUGUUCCGUGGUGGGAUGGCGCUGAUGCUGCGCGAUGUCCCCACCAUGGCGGUCUACUUUGUGACUUACACAGCGCUCUGCCGGGGGCUGUCUCAGGAAAGGUGUGAGCCAGGCUCUGCCACGGUCCUGAUGGCGGGCGGCUGCGCAGGGACGGCGUCGUGGGUCCUGGCCACCCCAAUGGACGUGGUGAAGGCCCGCUUGCAAAUGGAUGGGGUGAAGAAAGUGGAGUACGCGGGGGUCCUGGACUGCGUCCUCACCAGCCUCCGUCGGGAGGGUCCCCGGGUUUUCCUGAAGGGCCUCAGCCUCAACAGCCUCCGGGCUUUUCCCGUCAACGCCGUCACCUUCCUCAGCUACGAGAACCUCCUCAAGCUCCUAUGUUGACUUGCGCUGGCGCUGGUUUCCCUCCAUGGACCAGGGAUCUCCUUACUCCACAUCUUGCUGGAUAUUUUGCUCAUGAAGAUGUCGGAUCAGAUGCACAGGCCGCAUUGGACCACACUGAUUUGGUUAAUAUGUUCUCUCUAGGGAUAUGUUAUUUGUGGUUUCUCCAUAUUCGCGGGGGUCUUGUGCCCCUAACCCUAGUGAAUACGGAAGGACAAGUGUAUAUAUAUUUCACUUUCACCUCUUCAGAGUCUGGAGACAAAGGUCCAAACUUGGUGGAAAUGCCACCAAUGCCAUCAGCAUUUCCCAAGGCGCAUCUACACUGUAAAAAUGCACAAGGCAGUUUGACACCACUUUAAGUGCCGCAUGUCACUUCAAGCUACAAAAUCCCGGGAUUUGUUGUUUUACAAGUUCUUUUAGCCUUUUGCUGCCAAAGCGUCGGGGUGGACCUUGCAAAACUACACACUCCAGGAUAUGAUGGAGCCAUGGCAGUUAAUGUGGGGUCAACCCACAUUAUUUCUACAGUGUAGAUGCACCCUGGGAAACGAUGCUGGCAUUUUCCCACUGAGUUUGGAUCCCACUCCAGACUCUCCAGAGAUCAAAAUGAAAUGUUGCCCCAAAAUUUCCAUUUCCUAUUGCUGGAAAAUGCCCUCUAAGGGCUCAGGAAGGCUCAAAACAUGUCAGCAUGGCCUAGUGGUCUGAGCAUUUGGACUCUGGAGACCCGGGUUCGAUUCCCAGCUCAGCCGUGGAAACCCAGUGGCCGACCUUGCGCAAGUCAUGCUCUCUCAGCCUCAGGGGAAGCCAAUGGCAAACCCUUUCUGAACAAAUAACACACUGUGAGAGGUUUGCCUUAGGUUUGCCAUGAGUCCAAAAUGACUUAAGAGUCUCUUCCAAUUCUGUGAUCUGUGUUUUUGUCACUUUCAUGGGGGGUCUUGCACCCCUAAUCCCAGCAAAUAUGGGUACCCCACUUUGUAUACUCAAAAUCCCAUAGGAUCAUAGCUGUGGCAGUUAUGUGGCCUAAGACUACUAUCACUGUGGAUGCAACCUAUGUGUUAGUCUCAGCUGCCACACAUUGCCCACGCAGGUGCAUUUGUGGCAAAGCUGCGCGGCGCCGUUCGCAUGCCAGGGUCUCCUCCCGUCCCAAUUCAUUAGGACUAAUGCGUUCCCUUUCUUAACUAAUUUAAGUCAUCAGCCGCUCACCCGGAACAUGAAUUUUAUCACUUGAGUUCAUCUCGGCAAAUUUUAUUGAUGUUAAAAGCGGAGGUAAAAGCCGGCUGCCCAUUAGGACUUGGCAGCACGCAGAGGGGGAAGUAAUUGCUUUUCUCGAUGGCGCGAGAUCACUCAGCGUCGCAAUAAAUGCGAGGCGCGCAGCAACAGACGGCCUUUCGGCUCGUGGAAGAACACAAGCCGGGGCUCAGGUUUAGGCUGGAAUGUCGUUGACUUGCACGCAAAGGGACAUUUCUAUGCAUCGGAUGCAUGUGUGCAAAGGGUUCUUUGAAUGCAUCCGACGCAUGCAUGCAGGGGAUCUUUGCGUGCAUCUGAUGCAUGCAAAGAGAUUUUCCCAUGCAUCUGGAGCAUACAAAGGGGUUUACAAAGGAAUUUGAUGCAUGCACGCAAACAUGCGUCUUGCAGAAGUCAGCUGCAGUCUACGAAAGCACAUGCUACCAAUUUCUUUCUUUCACUUAUGAUUGCGCUAGUUGAAAACAACGGAAGCAUAGCGCUAUAGCGAUAGAAAUUUUCACGCAGUCACACAAUCGCGCUGUAACGGCGAUAUAAAAAUGAAAGAGGAACGCAAUUAUGUCCCACAUCCAAAACAUGAUCUCAUCCAUGUAUUGCUUAAUAUAUCAUGAUUGAACAUUUCACCCAUGUGCCGUUUGGGCACUACUGGUCAUGCCUGAACAUCAUGGUACCGUCCCGAACCAAACAAAAUAACAAUUCCUAUAUUUCAUGACGUUAUUUUUAUCCGGUUCGAACAAAACCGUGCCCUGUGCCUCAAAAUAAGACGGACAUCUACUCCGAAAACGAUCCUAGCAACGAGAACGAAUUGUCCGUACUGAAAAGGUUUUGGGAAAAGGUCCUGGAUUGCUCCGCGAAUAGUUUCCCGCCUUGAGUCCUUAUAUUAGAAGAAAGAUGAGAUAUAAGAAAAUAAAAUACUAAUACUAGUAACAGUGCGAAUGAAUCGUCAUUGGCUUCCGCACCUUCGCAAUGGCGCAAUUGAAGCCCCAUUGGCAAACCUUUCGUGGGGGUUUGGAUAAGACGUUCCAGGAGCAUUACAGAUUAUUCCGGGGAGAAGUAUAGGAUGAGUACAAUGUUGUGUAACAAUCUCCAUGCGAAAUCACGACGGGACGAUUUCGUUUUAUAUCCCCCUGUGAUAAUCCCCUUGGUCUCCAAGAUCCCUUUGCAGACUGAUUUCCCCGACCAACAACUUGCAAUGUAGCAGCGGCAUUAAGGCAAACUGGGUUUUAUUUUAAGCACGAGGUUUUGUGGCUAUCGACCCACUUAUUCUGA